UAGUGGAGUUCUCUGACAUUCUAACACAUGUUAUUUGUUUUGAUUAUACCGGGUAAUGUUUUCUUUUUAAAAAGUUGAAAUAAGUGUAAUAAAACGGAAAAUAUAAUGGGGUCCAAUAAGCUGGAGUAUGCUUCUUCUUUGGGUGGACAUGUGAGUUUGCCUACGCAUGUACAAACAUUUCGCUAUGCCGCUAAUGUUGUGAGCGAAAUGCGGCAACUUAUUGAUGAAGUCCGCAAUCCUGUCAGUCGCAAAUUAGUCUUCCAAACUUUGCCCAAACACAUGCGCCGACGGGCUAUGUCCCAUCAUCCAAAACGUUUGCCACGCAAGUAUCGCGCAGCACAUCGUUCUCAAAUGGCUAAAGCUGGCAAACCACAGCAGACAAAGCGACCGUCGCGCAAAUUUCGACGACGUCCCGGCAAUCUAUUACGGGAUUACUUGAGACGUCAACGUAAAAAUAUUUGGCUAGAAACACAUAUUUGGCAUGCAAAACGUUUUCACAUGGUUGAACGUUGGGGUUACAAGUUACCACAGUCGAGCUGUGAUAAAACAUAUAGGGCAUGUUAUCGUGCUUCAGCCGAACACUGUUUAUUGCAGGAUAUGUCAUUCUAUGCAUGCAUAGAAUUGAAGGGAAAGUUAGCAGAUUUACGUAUAGGUUUUGCGAGAUUAAGCAGCACUUGUUGUGGGUUUAGUAUCGCUGCUAAGACAUAUCUCACUGGACGAAGAGAAGGCAGUAUCGACUUAUUUAGAGAUGGUAAAUAUCCGGAAUAUGCGCUGGGGCGAUUUUCUUUUAUGUGGCAACCAAUAAGUAACAAUGAAACAAAAGAUGAGGAAAUUUCACGCACCUUAUGGCUUUGGGUGCAUCCAAGUGCUUAUCCAGCGGUAGUGGAGGAACUAAUAAAAGUUUUCGAAGUGACUUCGUUAAAUAGCAUUAAAGUGCCUAUAGAAACAGAUGAAACAAAGCAUUCUGCUCCCGAGCUGCCAAAGGAUAAUAAAUCAUCCAAACAAAUAAAACCCAAAGAAUUGCGGCGUUUACAAUUCAUGACGAAAACUUUAGCCUUUGAGCAUAUCAAACGCUAUGGUAAUGUGAAAACCGGCGUAAAAAUCAACGAAUUAAAAGAUACUAUGAAUCGCUUCCGUCUCACUGGUCAUCUGGCACAAAGUGUACUACAACACACAUUCAAGCCUAAGAACUUGAAAGAUAGCACCGCCUCCACUUGGCUACAUACGUUAUUUGAACAAAAUCCAGAUUUUAAAAGUAUACAUGAAAAUCAACUGGAUUUUUGGCGGAACUGCAGUGAUGUGGGCUCAUCUGGCGAAUUACUUUCUAACAUGAUAUUGGCGCUUAAUAUUGAAGAUCCUCGUUUGAACCGCCCAAAGAAACGUACGAAAGCGCAACCCAAACAGCCUUCAAGCGACAGCAAUUCAGAUUUUCUGUUUAAUAUGCCUGAUAACUUAGCGCAAAGCAUUUUAUGGGAUACAAAAAUACGCGAUGGACUAUGCAAGAGCAUGAUAACCCCCAGUGAAUAUAGCAAACUACGCGGCAAACAUGCUGUGGUGCCAGGUGUGCGUUGUCAAUUCGAAGAGGACAUGCAAGCAGUUCCCGUAAUACUUAUUCAACGUCCAGGUUCACAACGUCCGCAAUAUAAACGUUUAGGAUACGGCUGUGGUUGGGACGUAAUAAUACCCGCUGGUUAUGGCAUGCCUAUUUGGUUGUCAUUAAUUAUGUGGGGCGCUAAACCCGGUGGUCUGCGUGAAUUCGAAUCAAUCGCACGAGAAAUGGGCACAGAGGAGUACUUGCCCGACACCAUUGCUGGUCGCGUGCUGGCGAACACGCGUCAUCAGGAAUUACGUACCAAAUAUUUCCGCAAACCGCCAAAUAGACGUCAAAACUACCAAAAAUUGGCAAUUAUUAGUCCCUUCCGUGCGCCAUUUUCCGAACUAGUACGCGAUUGGAGCAGCAGUGCUUCUGCACAGGGUAACGCAUUAACUCAAACCUUUCACAUACUCCGUGAUCGCGCGCUAUUACAGCAAUUACUGCUACAUAUACAAGGAAAGUGUAAAACAUUUCCCAGUGAAAUACCCGAAAAUUCUCUAAUACAAUUACACUUUCGUAUGAAAUCGCGCGGUAAUUUAGAGGACUAUUCGCUGAUUUGUUUGCCGACACGUGGCGAUUUCAAACGUAAUCUCAAACAAAUUAAGAAAUCAAAUCAUGAGCCCGUCUUCAGCGAACCACUGUUGCCGGAUUUGGCUGAACGCGAACGCAAACAGCUGCGCCAAGCUCAUAAAAAGCUCUUAAAACGUUUACGCGCGCGACGUGUGCGAGAAAAACGAAAGCUACAGGAAACAAGCACUACUCGCGUAUAUAUCAGAGCCGCCAAUACAGCAACGCUUGUAGCAGCGCAAUUAGAGCGCAUGUGCAAGCUGUGGCUGCCGGAGGAUUUUGCUACGCUUUAUACUGUGCGCAAACAAUGCCAGCGUGAAGUAUUCGGCUAUGCAACGACAGCGCAUUUCAGUUAUACCGAAGCGACAGUCUGCGCCGUGGGCUAUGUAACGCCGGCUGGCUUGCAACAAUUGCUCACAUUAUGUCGGCAGUGUAAUGUGCGCCAGCCAAUGUGUCUUAUGCGCAGUCCCAAAAGUCGCCACUAUCGUUUUGCUUGCUUUAAGCUACAUUUGGAUGUAUAAAUAUAGAAUUUAGUCUGUAUUUGUGGUAUUUUAUAUAUUGCAUUUCUGUAUUUUAUUAAUUAUUUACUUCAAUUUAAUUAUUCUUAGUUUUCAUAGUGUUUUUUUUUCUAACCUCUUUUUCGCUUCACAUUUAGCUACUUCUAAUAGUAAUUAUAUAAUAUAUAUUGUAAUAAUAUAGUUCAGUCACGCUACGUUAUACGUUAAAGGUAUAAGUUUCAGUUUAACAACUAGUAACAGCAGAAAUUACCGUCUACAUUUGACUACUUCUAAAAAACAAUUAAAUAAAAUGUAUUGCGCCAAAUGUAAAAACGUGCAAAAAUUAGUAAAUGUUUUUGUUUUUUAAGUUUUCUUUAAAGCGUGCCUGUAAAAAUACACGCCGAAUUCGUUUGGAAAAUUAUUAAUUCAUUCAUUGCUUUG